CUGCUUGUGUUACAGAUUGCCCUGAAGUAUGAUCCCCAGAUAGAAGAAGACCUGCGUAACUGGAUAGAAGAGGUUACAGGCCUGAGCAUUGGUGCAAACUUCCAGCUGGGACUGAAAGAUGGCAUCAUUUUAUGCGAGCUUAUAAAUAAGCUGCAGCCAGGAUCAGUGAAGAAAAUUAAUCAAUCAAAACUAAAUUGGCACCAGCUGGAGAACAUUGGGAAUUUUAUCAAAGCAAUCCAAGUCUAUGGCAUGAAGCCACAUGAUAUUUUUGAAGCCAAUGAUCUUUUUGAAAAUGGAAAUAUGACUCAAGUGCAGACUACUCUCGUGGCACUAGCAGGUCUGGCAAAAACCAAAGGUUUUCAUACUACAAUUGAUAUUGGUGUCAAAUAUGCUGAGAAACAAGCACGAAGUUUUGAUGCAGGAAAACUAAAAGCUGGUCAAAGUGUAAUUGGCCUUCAGAUGGGCACCAAUAAGUGUGCCAGUCAGGCAGGCAUGACUGCUUAUGGAACUAGAAGACACCUCUACGAUCCAAAAAUGCAAACUGAUAAGCCAUUUGACCAGACAACAAUCAGCCUACAGAUGGGCACUAAUAAAGGAGCCAGUCAGGCUGGUAUGCUGGCACCAGGUACCAGAAGAGACAUCUAUGAUCAGAAGCACAUAUUGCAACCUGUGGAUAACUCGACUAUUUCAUUACAAAUGGGCACCAACAAAGUAGCUUCACAGAAGGGAAUGAGUGUGUAUGGGCUUGGACGGCAAGUGUACGACCCCAAGUACUGUGCUGCACCAACAGAACCCGUCAUUCAUAAUGGCAGCCAAGGAACAGGAACUAAUGGGUCAGAAAUCAGCGAUAGCGAUUAUCAGGCAGAAUACCCAGAUGACUAUCACGGAGAGUACCAAGAUGACUAUCAAAGAGAUUACCAUGGUCAGUACAGUGACCAAGGCAUUGAUUACUAGAUUUGCAUCUGAAGCUCAGUAUUAGUCCAUUAUUUUAUUCAGUAAGAACGAAACUAGCCUUGUGGAAUUGUUACCUGUCUUUCCUACAGACUAUACUUAAUGUACCUAAAGAAAUACUGCCUUACAUACAUUCCUCUUUUCUUUCUCUGCCCUUUCCCUGUCUAGUUGCCUUUAGUGCUGUAACAGUUGUAGUCUACAGCAUAACCAAUAACUGCAUAUGAAGUAAAAAGGAAUACUGUGAAAGGGGGAGUGCUCUUGUACAGCCAGGUCUUCUAAUAAGGAGCUAUGCAUUUUUACAAUCUACUUAAGUAGGUUUUUACAUACCACAUGAAGCCUUCAUUUUACAUAUUUACAGCUUUUCUGUUUUCCAGAUGAAAUCAAAGAAUUUAAUGCUCAAAGUUAAAUGUGGUCUUUGCCAAUUAAGCCUAAGGCAUCACGAGUGAUUUAAAUCUCAUUACUAUGUUUUUAAAGUAUUGUUUGCUAAUGGUAAGUCUUGCAUUAGAUGUGUGCAUUUGUGAUUUCAAAUUCAUUCCAUUACUCACACUGACCAAACUCUUAGAAAUAGUUGUCUUACUAAAAAGGGAGCUUGUACAAAGUCUUGAGCCAAUGGAAGUCCCACAUCUGAUGGUGCAUUUACCUUUUAUUGUGCCAUAAUAUAUCCAUGUAGAAGUGCUUUUUCUUCCUUGAACUGUAUUUAUUGCCACACUUCUCAAACUGAUCCCAGUGUAUUUUUAUAAAUAAAUAUUUUUUCUUAAAGGUA